AGAACACCGUCUCAGCCUCAGUACCGUUCGGCGAUGCGAUCCACGGACGUCUUCGUUUUCUUCUGGUGACCACGCGCUCGCGAAUCUUCACCGACUCGUUCCUGGUGCGCCCAUCGCUUCGCCAGUGAUCGUUUCCUUCUUGUGGAUAUUAUGGGAGUUAUGUGGACCUUACAAGCCAGUGUGGUGCUAUGCUUCCUAGCAGCCACAUGUCUGGCCAUAGACGAACAUCGCCCUCAGAAGAAGGACAAACGCCAGCUGGGCUACCAGAUCUCCAACCACUACACCUCUCUACCAUCGUCGUACCGACUGGAACGCAGGAUCUCCACAGGACCCCAGUACCACCCACAUCACCAUCCACCGUACUAUUCCCGUCCGUAUCACAAAGGUAGACCGAACUCAUAUCCUAUUCCUCCUUAUGCUGUUCAGAUGGAACCUCUCGUCCACUAUUCUCAGAGAGAUCCCUUGUAUGACACUAACAUUUUGUCCCUAGAUCACCCGCACAGCAACGACCUACUAACCGAUGGUAACAACCAUUUGGAGCAGCACUACGGUGGAUAUGGGCCUCCUAAGCCUCACAUCAUAGAACGCCCUGUAUACAUCAAGGAGCCUGAACCUAUCAUCGAGAUCAUCAUCAAGGAGUCGAAUGUCAGUCUUCCAGCACCGCCACCACCGCCUCCUCCUCCUAAGAAGAAGAAAGAGCAGGUGCAGGUGUUCUAUGUGAAGUACCAGAAGAACCCCAAUGGUAAAGGCAAAGAUGCGAUCAUCUACGAUAAGCCUGUUCCAGCUAUCUCUCCGAAACUGCCCGAAGAUGAAGAACAAGAUGAGAUUGAGGAGGCACCUUACAACUAUCACACAGAUCUAGCUACUGCAGCUCCACCUCCUAGCACUACUUUAAGAACUAUCAUCAAGCCUGAAUCAGAAGUAUACCAUAGUCCGAGUGGGGUUAAAGUCACUUUUGGCAAAGAAAGCUUUGACUACGAUAAGCGAUCUAGCAAGCCAGAAGAUUACGUUCCUACUUACCAAAAACAGCAGCAGCCUCAAGGACCUCAAGGGCGCCAGCUGACCUCAUUUUCAAACACGUACUUCAAAAGGCCUUCUACUAUCCAAGGCUUCCAGUCUCCUAGUUUCGGUUCGAGUUUCAGGCAGCCUCAACCGUACAGACCGAUAACGUUUCCAAGUUCUUCUUCCAAGACCUUUGGAAGGCAGCAAUAUCAACAACCUCCAUUUCAACAACCAGCACAAUUUUCAAGGCCCUCUCAAUCUUUUAACAGCUUUGGUUCUCAGGGAUUAACAUCUCCUCACUUCUCGCAUUCCAUUUCUCACCCUCCACCUGCACGUUUCCAAAACUCAAGACCGCCACCUCCUGCAAUUCCCCCUAGGCAGCCAGUUCCUUACACACCAUUUGAUAAAAUAAGAACCCAACAACAAUUCUCUCAGCCAACUCCGCUGUCUUCGCAUCAAACUCAACAGCCAUUCUCUCAGCCAACUUCGCUGUCUUCGCAUCAAAACUUGCCACACCAGCAACAACCCAUUCAGUUCAGACCCGAGUCUCACUUCCCAAGCUACCAACAGCUUCCUUUACCUCAACAGAAUUUUGCCUUUAACAAGCCACCAAGGUUCAGCCAGGUACUUCAGACAGUCAAGGAAGAGAGGAUUCCUCCUCGGCCUAUUGUACAUCAGCAAUUGCCGCUAGAACAUGAGCAUCAAGAGUUCCAACAGACAUCACAGUAUCAACAACAGCAACAAACACAACAUCAACAGCCUCAGCCUCUUCAACAUCAUGAUCAACAACCAAGCCAACCUCAGUACUCUUCACAUCAACAGGGCUCUUCACAACAUCUACAACACCAAGAGCCUUCUCAAAAUAAUCAGCAAAAGUUGCCACAACAAUUCAAUUAUCAACAACAAGAACAGUACCAACCUCAGCAACAUCAACCUCAACAAAACUUCUUACAACACAAUUUUAACACUGAAAGACCUCAAAUUCAACAACAACCCGUCAACAAUCAGUUGUCUCAAAACGAUCAUCUGAAUAUCGUACCUCCUGGAGGACAACUGAUCCAUUCAAUACCUAAAUACGAGCAACAUUUCUCAACAGUUGAACCUUCCACUUCUCAGAAUACAAAAUAUCAACAGAAAGCUAUCCAAGACUUCAAUUCCCAGGAGAACCUGCAAAGUUUCACCUCAAAUGAACAUGUUUCUAGCCAAGAGUUGUUGGAGCAACAAAAAGCUUUCGAAAGACAGAAGGAGCUUUUAGAGCAAAGGAAACAACAGCAAACUAAAUAUCUAGAAGAACAAAGAAAACGUCUCCAAGAGGAACAUCUGAAGCAAUACUUUGAACAACAACAGCAACAGGAAAGUAGAAACCCAACACAUUCAGCAAAGAAUUACUUCCAGUCGACAAGAAAAGAAUUUGUCAGUAGUACGCCUAGCAUAAGAUAUCAAAGCUCUACAGGUAGUCCUUCUACUACAACUACCACCACUACAACUGAAGCUCCAAAGCCCUCAACAACUACCAAAGACCCAAAGGUCUUAGAAGCACAACUGCCUGACGAAGUUCCUGAAGACCUUAGAGCACAACUUUUGUCUUCAGGUAUCCUGAACAAUGCUGACAUCUCUGUUUUAGACUAUGAUAAAGUAGGAGAUAUUCCCCUAUCAGCUUUGCCUCCGGAUCAACUGGCAAACUUCUUCAACGCUGGAGGUGCUGCUCAGAUUGGAGCUGGAAGUGAACCUGUAGCAGCUCGACUUCAAACAGAUGGUUCGGAGGUGAGGAAGUCCGGAGAUUCACAGGCGGAAGAAGAGGAAGCUGCUUCAGAGUUGGAAGAAGUAACAGUGGAUGCUCCUGCUAAGAAGGAAUCGGUGGAUCUGAAGGUAGUGAGGUACGAUCCAGAGAGCAAUGGAGGUAAAGAAGUGCAAGAAUCUUACGUAGCUGACACUGCUGAGACUGUCAAUCCAGUUGUGCUGAAUGAUAACUCCUAUAGUAGAUACCUUCCUUUGAAAGUAAACGGUACCCAGUUCCCAAUUCCUGAUGUCCCAGAGCUAAAAGGCAAGAAAAUCUCCAGUGUGGUGGUACUAGCUCCAGUUGCGUACGACUUUUCGUCUACUAGAGAAGCCAGAAACACGAGGGAAGAGAGAAACAUUGUGAAAGAUACGCCAAAUGCUCCAGGUGAUAUUGAUCUUAUCCGUGACACUACUUUGAGAAAACUCAUCAUGGAGCCCACGCUGGAGAACUACCGAAAAUUCUUGGAGAGCCAGAAUAAGACUAAGAAUGAACAGCAAAGUGUGAUUCUGCUUGUUGCCGACCCAACAGACCCAGCAGCAACCGAAAAAGAGAUCUUCAUGUACGACGUAACCACCCAGACAGUGAGCAAGCUUAGCGGAGAACUAUCGUCCGCUUUCGUGGAAGCAGCUGAAGCCAAUUCUGCGCCACCUGAAGGAGGUCAAAUAGCUGCGUCUAGCAUGAUAGAGACCAAGGUGCCCUUCCCGCAACAAGACUGGAGCGAAACUGGGACCAACAUUUUGGAAAGGAGGAUAUCAGUGCAAGAUGACUCAGAAGUAGAAGCAACUGACAAAGUGGGGACGGUAGAAGCAUCGGACUCAGACAAGACUGGAUAGUGAUGAGAUAUUGCCAUUUUCAUGUACAUAACGAUUUGAAGGUUGAUGUUGAUAAGAAUAUAAUAGGCAUUUAAAUUCUGCUUGUAUGUUCGAAUAGAGCAAAUUGAAAAUUGAAAUUGAUUAGCGUCACAGAAUUUUCAACAAUCACCGUGAGUAAAAUAAGGAUUUAUGGUAUUUACUACAGCCCACAAAUGCGCGUUGAGGUGGAUAUUUAUUACUGUGUCCUUCAGUCAAGACUAGUUUUUACAGAGGUCACAAAAGUGUAUUAGAUAAAUAUUUUAGGUAUAGUUAUGCGAACUGAAUCAGGAAAAUUGUAAUAAUUGUAUUAUUUUUGCAUGCAAUAUUAUUGUCACAUUUCAGACGGAAUUGACAACAAAAUAGGUAUGUCUGAAAUGAAGUUCACAGUUCAGGUCUGGAAGUAGAAAUGAAAAAAGGUUGAUCCAAAAUGAUGUAAGUCGAUUAAAAAAAUUGUUAAUGGUUUUCGAUAAAAUUAUGUCAAUAACAAUUAAUUUCGGAAUGUUUUCCGUGUCAAAAAUAAUGCAUUAUAAUAGAAUAUUUACGAAUAAACUUAAUUCGUUUCAUGAAGGAACGUACUAUAUAAUGUAAAUAUGAAUUUUUAU